AUGUUCAACACCUACACUCGAGUUCUACUUAUCUUUGGGGUCUUGGCCAUAAGUAUGGCUUACAAAAUAACCCCAUACAUAAGAGAAGGCAUACCAGACGCAGCGAACGUUACAACUGCUCCCUUCCUCAAGAUCGGCGACGGCUACUAUAGAAUUGUGCCAUACGAACAGAGAAAUUGGUACAGCGCCUACGAGCAGUGUCGUAAAUGGGGCUCCGAAUUGGUUACCUUCGAGAAUGUGACCGAAUACGAUACGGUUGUGACAUAUCUGGAUCAGCAGUACGGACGAACGGCACGAUUCUGGACCUCAGGCAACGAUCUGGCCACAACAGGCACCCACAAUUGGUUCACCAAUGCAGAACCCAUUACCCUGAAUAGAUGGGCCACAAACCAGCCGGACAAUUACCUGGGAAUCGAGCAUUGCAUACUAAUAGCCUACGUUAAUUACAACUCGACGAAUUACCAACUGAAUGAUAGUCCCUGUGCCAACAGUACUGCUCUCUACGGAUAUAUCUGCGAAGCAGACAAACCAAUAACGGCAUCGUUCAUCAUCACUAAUUUUUCAUAG